AUGUCACAAGAUAAUGGUCAAGCAGUUAUAGCAGGAGAUAAGGCAAAACCUUUAGCAAAUUAUCCACAUGCUAGAGUUGUUGGAGGUUUCAUUUUCGUUUCUGGUAUUUCUUCAAGAAAUUUUGAUAAUACGUAUGAAGGGGUAAAAGAACUCCCAGAUGGUUCUUUUCAAUUGGAUAUAAAAGAACAAACAAAAGCCGUAAUUCAAAAUAUUAAAUCUAUACUAGAAUUAUCAGGAGCAACAUUAAAUAAUUUGGUUGAUUUAACAGUAUUCUUAAAAGAUAUGAAUGAUUAUAAUGAUUUCAAUGAAGUUUAUAAUCAAUUUUUUGAUGCUAAAACUGGUCCAAGUAGAACCACUGUUGCUGUAAAAGAUUUACCUUCUCCAAAGUUAUUGAUUGAAAUUAAAGCAGUUGCUGUAAUGCCUGCUUAUAGGUAG